AUGUCUAACGAGGAAGAUCUCAUCGACUACUCCGACGAGGAGAUCCAGACCACGGAGCCGACCACCGCGGCCGCCAACGGAAAGAAGGGCGACCUCGCCGCCGGCGGUAGUGUCGAUAAGAAGGGCAGUUACGUCGGUAUCCACUCGACCGGCUUCCGCGAUUUCCUUUUGAAGCCAGAGCUUCUCCGCGCUAUUGGCGACUGCGGAUUCGAGCAUCCCUCGGAGGUCCAGCAAACCUGUAUUCCCCAGGCCCUCCUCGGAGGUGAUAUUAUCUGCCAGGCCAAGUCCGGUCUCGGAAAGACUGCAGUCUUUGUCCUGACCACCCUUCAGCAAGUCGAGCCCGUUAAUGGCGAGGUCUCCGUCCUCGUUAUGUGCCACACUCGCGAGCUGGCUUUCCAGAUUCGCAACGAGUACAACCGUUUCAGCAAGUAUAUGCCCGACAUCAAGACUGGCGUGUUCUACGGUGGUACUCCAAUCCAGAAGGAUGUCGAGGUCAUUAAGAACAAGGACACUUGCCCUCACAUCAUCGUCGGAACCCCUGGCCGUCUCAACGCCUUGGUUCGCGACAAGAUUCUCCGCCUCGGAAGUGUUCGUAUCUUUGUCCUUGAUGAAUGCGACAAGAUGCUUGACCAAGUUGAUAUGCGACGUGAUGUUCAGGACAUCUUCCGUGCUACUCCCCAGCAGAAGCAGGUCAUGAUGUUCUCGGCCACCCUUUCUGAGGAAGUCAAGCCCAUCUGCCGCAAGUUCAUGCAGAACCCUACGGAGCAUUACGUCGACGAGGACACCAAGCUCACCCUCCACGGUCUUCAGCAAUACUAUAUCUCGCUCGAGGAACGUGAGAAGAACCGCAAGCUUAAUGAGUUGUUGGAUGAGCUCCAGUUCAACCAGGUCAUCAUCUUUGUCAAGAGCACGCUUCGUGCUACCGAGCUCGAUAAGCUUUUGCGCGAAUGCAAUUUCCCCUCCAUCUCGGUCCACUCUGGCGUCAGCCAAGAGGAACGUAUCCGCCGAUACAAGGAGUUCAAAGAAUUCAACAAGCGAAUCUGCGUGGCCACUGACGUAUUCGGACGAGGUAUCGACAUUGAACGCAUCAACUUGGCUAUCAACUACGAUCUCCCAGCUGAUGCCGAUUCGUACCUCCACCGUGUCGGUCGUGCCGGUCGUUUCGGUACCAAGGGUCUUGCCAUCUCUUUCGUUAGCAGCGACCAGGACAAGGAGGUACUCAAGUCGAUCGAGAAGCGCUUCGAAGUUGCUCUUCCUGAGUUCCCCAAGGAAGGCAUCGAUGCCAGCACUUACAUGGCGUCCUAA